CACUUCGACACCAGCUUCGCAAGAACACAAAAGAUACGACAAAGAGCGUACUGCUCGUCGCUGCGUCAAACCCCCUCUAGACAAUCCGAAUGCUUCCAUAACUCUUUCGCGGUUGACGAGCUACCGCAACGACCUCUCCCUCUGCCAUACUCAUGGAAGCCCGGCCUGACAAAAACGGCUCGAGAUGGACAAGGAGAAAAAUAGGCCAGAUGCCGGGUUGAGAUCUCUUGAUCACUGUACGUCGCCAUACAGAGAUCUUGCGGCUGUACUGACCGCGGCCCAGAUAAAAUCAGACUUCCAAAAUGGCGAUACAACCUCAGAGAACAACUCCUCCCGAUCGUGCGGUGGGAAACUCCUUACGUCGCAUGGCUGCAGGACAGUCUGCGGACACCAGCUCUGGACACAUACUUCGCCUUCUCUGCAAACUUGGGAACACACACGGCUUUCAUGGUCUUGCUGCCGAUUCUGUUCUGGUGCGGCCAUACGGGUAUUGGAAGAGGAAUGACACAUGUACUGGCAGCCGGCUGUUUCUGGAGCGGGUUCUUCAAGGACUUGCUAUGCUUGCCCCGGCCCCUUUCACCACCGUUGCAACGAAUUACUAUGUCCGGCUCAGCUGCGCUCGAAUAUGGCUUUCCAUCGACCCAUUCUACCAACUCAGUCUCCGUCGCAAUCUACUCGCUCUAUCUACUGCAUAGCAACGACCAUAUCAGUCCGAGCCUGAAGCUGGGUCUGCAGAUAUCGUUCUACCUCUACGCCUUUUCGAUCGUUCUGGGCCGUCUUUAUUGUGGUAUGCAUGGCUUUUUCGACGUCAUUUGGGGGACCAUUCUUGGUGCUUUGGUAGCGUUGGUGCAAUGCUUCUACGGCGAGUACUUUGACCAGUGGGUCCACGCUGGGGACUUGCCGCGAGUCUUACUUGUGGUUCUGGCGGUGUUGGUCUUGGUACGGAUCCACCCUGAGCCAGCUGACGACUGUCCUUGCUUCGACGAUAGCGUCGCUUUUGCCGGCGUUUUCAUCGGUAUCCAAGUCGGAGGCUGGCAUUUCUCACGAACAUCAUAUGCAUGGUCAGAGCCUAAUCCGGGCACUGUGCCGUUUGACCUAGCCACAAUGGGCUGGACUGUGGUUGUUCUUCGCAUUGUGCUGGGGGUCCUUACAAUCUUUGCCUGGCGUGGAAUAAUGAAGCCGACCCUGCUCAGGAUUUUCCCGCCGAUUUUCCGGGUGAUCGAAACCCUCGGUCUUACGCUACCGCGAAGAUUCUUCAAGCCUGCUUCACAAUACGAGACGGUGCCUCGACAAGACAACGACGACAAUGUCAUUCCUCCGGCGAGGGACAUUCCUCAUCUAUUGUCAUCAUUCAGGAGAAGAAGGGCAAUUUCAGUUGGUCCGCAGUCAGAAGCUGAUGCAUAUGAGGCCUUGGCCUAUCGCGAUAAGAGGAGGAGGGCCAGUCGAAUCCUUGAGGGUUCGCCUAGCCCAGUCAAGCAAGCCUCGCCGGAACCCAGUUACUUUCAGGAGAACAGCUCGCCGCGAAAAGAUUCUCCUGCCUCGGGUAGGAAGCGAUCGAGCAGCGUUGAGAUGUUCCGCGCACAGAUGGGAGCUGGUGUGGAUCAAUUGUCGCCCAUGCCUCUGAGCACACCGGGAGCGGGACGUUCGCCAAGUCCUCAAGAAGUUCAGGCAAUGGACUUACUGCAGGAGAGACGGCUGUUUGCCAGUAUUCAGAGGCCUAGAGUGCGAUAUGAUGUGGAAGUGGUGACGAAGCUGAUUGUUUAUUCGGGCAUUGCCUGGCUGUCGGUCGAGGGCAAUCCCAUUCUCUUCAAGUAUCUAGGCCUGGCAGUCGACUAGAUGUGUAAUCAAUAUCACUGAAGUGAUGUCUUCUUGCAGGAUG